AAACUAAUAUUGAGGGUAUACAUAAUUUAAAUUAAAAACACAAGCUGCCUUUUACAGUGUGCGGUAGAUGUUGUUUACUCUUUACACAGAAAGUGGUUUUAAAUUAUAAAGGAAUUAUAUUUUCUGAAGCAGGUUUUGUAAAAAUUAAGAUGCGCUUCCUUGGGCAGUUUCUUAUAAGCCUGGGGCUGUGCAGUUUGGCAAGUGCCCAGAGGUACUUUGCCACAAUCCCAAAGGAGGUGCGCAAUGGCAUGUACUACAAGGUAGAUGUCACCUUGCUGAGAUCUUCAAAUGCUGCCACAUAUUUUGAUGUCAGCAUCUGGACAAGUGACAACAGCUCAAAGUUGUGGACAGACCCAAAAAGCUCGGAAUUUACAAUUAAAAUAGAUGCUGGGAAGACAUCUGGAAGCGACCAGAUCAUGGUUCCAUAUGCAGUCCCUGCCAACAUGGAAUGCUCUGUCAGGAUUGAGUCCCGAGGGAUGAACCCAGAGAUAUCGGAACAACAAACAGUCAAAGUCAUACGACCUGUGCCUGCCAUCUUUAUUCAGACAGACAAGAAGAUCUUUAAGCCGAGUCAAGAAAUUCGGUUCAGAGUGCUCAACACAGAUGAACAUUUGAAGCCAAAAUCAGAGACACUGGAUGUUGAAAUAAAGGAUUCCAAGGAAAAUGUCAUUUUCAAGAAAUCUUCCCCUGACACUAAUUCCAAUGGUAUGGUUGAGGGACACUUCAAGCUGUCGGAUGAUCCCAUCCUUGGCACCUACAAGAUCAUAGCAUCCACUGAGACUGGAUAUACCCAAGAGACCUUCCGUGUGGAAGAAUACAAACUGCCGAAGUUUGAAGUGACUGCUACAUGUGACCCGUGCUAUGCAGUGUACAACCCAGAUUUGCAGCUCACAGGAUCAGUAUCGUCAAUGUACACAUUUGGCAAGCAGGUACAAGGCCGACUGUCAAUCAAGGUGUUCGGGACAAGCCUGAAUGCUGUUGAAGUCGUCAAAGUUGAUGAUUUUGAUGGUUCCUAUGACUUUGAUUUUGGCCUCUACGAAACCAUUGUGAUGCCAUACUACAGUGCAAAAGGCAUCGACUUCUUUCAGCCUUACACAGCCUACAAUAGUAUUACGGUGAUAGCUUCAGUUUAUGAAGCGUACACAGAGAUUGAGGCCAAUACCACCCUGACAUACAAGGUGUUCCCUACCAGCUUCAAGGCCACUGAGGUCCUGCCCCUUCCCUUCCUGUUUGAUGGGGCCACAGAAUACUCCUUUGAGGUGAAGUUAACAGAUCCAAUGGAGAAUCAGCUGAAGACGAGUGACGGGCAACAAAUCACCGAUUUCUCAGCAUACAAGCUGUACUACUCUGUCAAUGGAUCUCCCCUGCAAGCUAAUGUGACCGGUUACCAGCAAAAGUUGACUGUCACUGAGAAGUAUUUCAGCAACAUACAGGUGUGGUAUACCAAAGGAAAAGAGGAGAGCAUCAAAGCAAGCUUAAAUCCAACAAAGUAUUACUCUGGAAGCAAAACUGGACUCACCAUUGCAUUGGUUACUUCACAAAAUCAGACUGAACGAUGCUUCAAAGUGGAGCCUUUCAAAACUGGAGACACAGUUUACUUCCAGGUUGUAAACAACUACUACUCAGAAGAGAUCAAGCCCUACACGAACACCAAUGGCCAUUGCUUCAACGUCUCGAGUCAACAUGCACCUGCCUCCUUGGUUCUGGCCUACAAAACCAUGCCCUACAUGGUGGAUGAAAUACAAUACACUGAAAUGCUGGUCGCAUCCAUAGUUGUUGAGAUUCCAUGGAGUUCUAAUCACCAGGUUUCCAUGACAACUGCUGAUAAAUCUGUGAAACCUGGGGCCGAUGUUACUGUUCUGUUCAAUACUGAGCCAAACUCGUACGUCUAUGUGGCCGGCUUGGACAAAUCUGUGGCCUUACUAGCGGGAUCCAACGAUGUCACCAGACAAAAGCUCCAAGACGCUGUGGAGCAGUACAGGCCGUUUUCUCGAUCAAAGGAAAACCCGUUCCCUAACCCUCCUUGGAUAAGAGGCGGUUUCAUGCCGUUGGAGGCAGUGGCACGGCGCAAAAAGCGAUGCAUCAUCGGGUGUGGAUGGCAUGACCAUGCAGAUGGUGUUAAUCCUACAAAAGUCUUAGAGGAGGCUGGUUUGAUAAUGGUAACAGAUCUGACAUUGUUUAAAAAACUAGUAGAAAUGACUCCUGAGAUGGCUUUUGAUGGCAGGUUUCAGCUAGCAGUGCGAAUAACUGUUCCAGUGUCAGCAAAAGCUGAUUCUUCUGAUAGCAACAACAAGGUACCUGCCGAAGUUAAAUCCAGCAAGCCUGAGUCUGAGGCUGAGAAAGAACCUGAGCCCAGGAAAAACUUCCUGGAAACAUGGCUCUGGAACAUGGUCCAGACAAACAACACUGGGGCGGCCAUGCUCUCAGCCAAUGCUCCGGACACAAUCACCAGCUGGUUGUUGAAUGCCUACGCAUUUAAUGCUCAAGUCGGACUGGGUGUGGCACCUACUGUUGAGGUGCAAGUUUUUCAAGAGUUCUUCAUGUCUAUGAACCUGCCAUACUCGAUAGUGCGCGGCGAGAUCUUCACACUCCAGAUCCUCGUCUUCAACUACAAAGACAAUGACCUUGAUGUUCUUGUGACUCUGAACAAAGCCAACCUAGAUUACUCGGUUCUUGGCCCCGCUCAGAAGCAAGUGAAAAUUCCCAGGCAAGCGUCACGCGUUGCAGAAUUCAAUGUCACAGUGAGUGUAAAGGUCGGAACAGUGCUGUUGCUUGCAACAGCCAAAGACCGGACAAAUUCCGCUGUUACCGACAGCGUCGAGAGAGAACUUCUUGUUAAGCCUGAAGGUCGUGAAGUAGUGCGCUCAACUAAUCUGAAGAUGAAAAUAGGAGAGACAUCAGAGGAAUAUCUGAACCUCACCAAACUAUUCGACCCGGAAGAUAUGGAAGACUUUGUGUCUGGCUCUCUACGCAUGUACCUAAAAGUUACAGGUGACAUGAUGGGUCCAGUGAUUGAGAAUCUUGAAGGGAAUAUUCGCAUGCCAGUUGGCUGCGGGGAGCAGAACAUUCAGACUCUGACCCCGGGGCUGUUUGCUGGGAAAUACCUCAAGGCUAUUAAUAGACUGGACUCUGAUGCUGAAAAGAAAAUUCAGGAAGUUUGUGGCUAUGGCUAUCGUAAAGAGCUGAUAUACAAGCAUGCUGACGGAUCAUUCAGUGCCUUUGGUGAGGGCCCUGGUCUGUGUUCCAUGUGUGAAGGGGGACAGCCUGAACAGCCUCCAAAGACGUAUGGGAGCACAUGGUUAACUGCCUACGUGUUGAAGAUGUUCUCCAUUCUGAAGAAUGAGGGGUUCACAUACGUUUCCCCCGAAAUACUUUACGAGAUGUUCAAUUACUUGAAAGGAGUCAAGAGGCCAGGUUGUGAAGAUCAAUUCUUUGUGGAACAGGGGGACUUGAUACACAAGGAGAUGAUGGGUGGCAGUGAUUCUCGCAUCGGAUUCACGGCAUUCUGCAUUGCGGCCAUUCUGGACUACAAGUCCACUCUAGUCCUAACUGACCUUACUGAGAAAAUGGCUGAAGUUGAAACAGUUCUAAAUGCUGCUAUGACCUGGAUGAAGAACAAGAUCAGUGUUCUGAAGUCGAGCCAAAAUGCCUACCAGGCCACUGUGGUGGCCUACACACUAGCCAAAUCCAGCGCUUCACCCAGUGACGCCAACUAUAAGGCUGCUAGGGAUCUCCUAGAUGCUGUGGACUCUUGGGCUGGAACCCCAGAACCUGCUGACUCGCCCAGUGAAUGUAUUGCAGACAAAACAGUUGUGGAUGCCUGCCCAUCUGAAGGUUUGUAAGACUGCCAACCCAGAGUCCUGGGACUGUGCCGAGUGCUGCCGCAUGCCGUGUAGCACAACCAAGGUCUGCCAGGGCAGCAGAUAUAGUUAUGGAACAUCUGGUCCCUCCACGACUGAGACGUCAGGGUACCGUCUGCUUGCUGACUUGGCCCUUGUCAAGGUCACACCCGCAGGAAGUGAUCGCAACAAGCUGAAGGCUGAUGCAGAGAAAAGACAAAAUGAGCUGCUCUCUGGAAUGUCCUAUG